GCUGGAAAAGUGUCAACACAUCAACAAAUGUUAAAAAUUCAGCCACAUGCCAAACACAACUAUACAGUAUAAAGUUGAAUGGCAAUGGCUAGUUCAUCCCUGAAGGACUACACCAGCCUUGAUCACUGUGUUUCUGGGCCUGGUAUCACUCCUGAUCUACUGACAAGCACAGACUCUAUUUACCCAGGCUGCCACUGCAACGAGACAUGCUCCAGUGAUUCCGAUAUACCUUGCUCCUGCAGUAUUGCAUAUACUACUGACAGAUGUCUCCUUGAUGCAUACUUGACUGAAAGCUCUCCACCAAUCUUUGAAUGCAACGCCAAUUGCAGUUGUAAUGUGUCUUGUUUCAAUCGAACUUCUCAACAGUACAGUUACCACCCGGAGCUCGAUCUGUUUCAUACCUGCAGCAAAGGCAUGGGUGUGCGCACGUUGAAUUUCAUUCCUAAUGGGUCUUACCUGGGUGAAUAUGUUGGUGAACUUUUGUCUACAUCUCAAGCAAUGAAGCGCUUGGGGCAGCUUCAACCAGCCGACUCUUGCUACAUUGUGCAAUACAAAGAACACUUGAGCAAUGGAAACACACUAGUAACCAAUAUUGAUGCUACACAGAAAGGAAAUCUGUUGAGGUUCAUUAAUCAUUCGUGCUCUCCUAAUCUGAUGAUGGUGGCUGUGAGGAGCAACUCUAUACUGCCAAGGUUGUGCCUCUUUGCUUGCAGAGAUAUUCUAUCUCAAGAAGAGAUUUGUUUUAGUUAUUUCGGAAGGAAAGGAAAUGGAAUUUCUAGUGUGGACACUGGAACUAAACAAUGUUUUUGUGAUUCUGAAGAGUGUAUUGGUUAUCUUCCAUUGAUGCAAUAG